CAAUGGGUUCCAAUUUCCAACUGUCUUACACAGAAAAGGUUAACAAAAACGGUCAGAAAAAAAAGAGACUACCAUUUGUCAUAUUGAUUUUUUGCACAUUCUUGUCCUGAUCUUCUUCUUUCUUCCCAAUUUCUCUCUGCGAGCUUCCGGAGUCUUUGGUGAUCACCGACCGGAUCUGGACGAAGAAUCUCUCGUAAACAAACUAAACAAGCAUUCUCCAAAGCUUCCUCCUUUUUUUCUUCUUCAAUUUUGCUUAGUUGGUCUAAAGGAUCGUCAUUGCAUUGUAAUUUAGAGAGUUUAGCUUCCAAGUCUAUCUACAUCGAAUUAAGGAUCUAUCUGAUUUCUGGGUUUUGCUGUGUGAUGGUUUAGAGUUGUCGGAUAUGGAAGGUUCUUGUCUUUGAUUUUUUUUUGUUUAAUUUGAUUAUUAAGCGGCGAAAUUUGUGGUUGACUUGAGCGAGAAUCUGGAUUUUUUCGAGGAGUAAUAAAUGUUCCUGAGAGAAUUCCCUGUUUUUGCGUGAAGAUUACAUUUUUCUGAGUGUUAAUAAAUUUAGAAUCAUUGGUGCAUCAGAGAGAGAGGUUCUUAUCUGCGGAAGACUCUCUGUGGAUUUGAUUCGUCUUUGUAGACUUAAAGAGUCUGGAAUCUGUUUGAUGAAAUUCCCCUGUUGAGAGUUUCAGAAAAUGUGUAAAGCGGACAAGUUUCUAUACCACAGGAAACUCUGGGAGAUGAAGGUUAAGUUUCUAGGUGAUAGUAAGAUUGACAAGUUUAAGAACUCUUUGCUUUCGAGGUCUCGUAUGAGCUUAUGGAUGAUUCGGGCUAUGACUAUAUUGUUGCUCUGGAGUUGCUUUGUUCAUUUGGUUGCUAUGGGAGAGAUGUGGGGACCUAGAUUGUUGAAAGGCUGGCCUUCUUGUUUCAAUCACCAUGAUUUACCGAUGGCUGCACAAAUGACUUCUCUUCCCAUGAAAAUCGCCCUCCCACCUAAAAGGAUAUAUCAGAACAAUGGCUAUCUUAUGGUUUCUUGCAAUGGAGGACUCAACCAAAUGCGAGCAGCGAUAUGUGAUAUGGUCACUAUUGCAAGAUACAUGAAUGUCACACUUAUUGUGCCAGAGCUUGACAAGACCUCCUUUUGGAAUGAUCCAAGUGAGUUCAAAGACAUAUUCGACGUGGAUCACUUCAUAAGUUCUUUAAGAGAUGAGGUUCGUAUACUCAAAGAGCUUCCUCCAAGGCUUAAGAGAAGGGUUAGGCUCGGAAUGUACCACACUAUGCCUCCUAUUAGCUGGUCCAACAUGUCCUACUACCAAGACCAGAUUCUUCCGCUGGUGAAGAAGCAUAAGGUCGUACAUCUGAACAAGACCGAUACUCGACUUGCUAAUAACGAACUGCCUGUUGAGAUUCAGAAGCUCCGAUGCCGAGCAAAUUUCAACGGGCUUAGGUUUACUCCAAAGAUUGAGGAAUUGGGUAGAAGAGUAGUCAAGAUUCUGAGGGAGAAAGGUCCGUUUCUAGUUCUGCAUCUCCGAUACGAAAUGGAUAUGUUGGCAUUUUCUGGUUGCUCACAUGGUUGUAACCGCUACGAAGAGGAAGAACUAACGAGAAUGAGAUAUGCUUAUCCGUGGUGGAAAGAGAAAGUAAUAGACUCCGAGUUGAAGAGGAAAGAAGGUCUUUGCCCAUUGACUCCUGAAGAAACAGCUCUUACGCUAUCUGCAUUGGGUAUUGACCGUAAUGUUCAGAUUUACAUAGCUGCAGGAGAAAUAUACGGUGGUAAAAGGCGGUUAAAGGCUUUAACAGAUGUUUUCCCAAAUGUGGUGAGGAAAGAAACUCUCCUCGAUUCCUCUGAUUUGAGUUUUUGUCAGAACCAUUCUUCUCAAAUGGCUGCUCUUGAUUACCUUAUCUCUCUCGAAAGUGAUAUAUUCGUUCCUACUUAUUAUGGGAACAUGGCGAAAGUCGUGGAAGGUCAUCGCAGGUUCUUGGGGUUCAAGAAGACGAUUGAGCUAAACCGGAAGUUCUUGGUUAAGCUAAUAGAUGAAUACUAUGAAGGAUUGUUGAGCUGGGAAGUGUUUUCAACCACGGUUAAGGCCUUUCACGCUACACGAAUGGGAGGGCCAAAGAGACGGCUUGUGAUUCCAAAUAGACCGAAAGAAGAAGACUACUUCUAUGCCAAUCCAUAUGAAUGUCUUCAGCUAUUACAUGAGAAUAAUGGCAAUUCACUAGAAGAAACCAUAUGAACAGAUCCUCCAUUGUUGUCUUUCGCGGGGUGAUGCAGGACAUGGAUGAAUGAAUAAUGGGGGAUGAUAUAUCCAUCCAUCUUGAAGAUUGGGUUUCUUAAGCAGAUGAGAAGUCAUUUAGGGUUCUUUGGUGUAUAGAAAUAUCUGAAGAGCUUCAGUGGAUGCAGAAGAAAGGUUGAAGCUUUCAUGGUCAUGUUUGCAAAUUUGUCCUGUGGCACCAUCAUCAUCAUCCAUGGCCUUGCAGUUUUGGUAGCUAAAGAAUAAAAUAAAAAAUGCAGUGUAAAAUUAUGUCACACAUAUUAUUAUUAUUAUUUGACAAAAUAAAUAAUUAUUCUCUUGCCAUUA